CUGAGAAAGAAGAAGAGCCAGGGAGCGGAUUGGUCCAAAGUUUGGCGGACUUUAUCCUCUGCAGUGAGGGUCUUUUUGUUCAGCCCCCGUGCUCACAUUUCAGUCCUAAAGUGACAGCUGUAGCCUACACUAUACUGAUUUCCUCUCCGAGUGACCAGUGAAACAGAGAAACCAUGUCUUUGACUAAUGGCCACAGUGUGAGCAAAGAAACAUGGGAUUCACACAACCAGAUGAUGCUGGAUCCUCUGUCCGUCAGCGACUCUGAGGUGUUCUCCAUCAUAAAAAAAGAGAAGCACAGGCAGACGUACGGGCUGGAGCUCAUAGCGUCCGAGAACUUCACCAGCAGAGCCGUUUUAGAGGCUCUGGGUUCCUGCAUGAACAACAAAUACUCUGAGGGAUAUCCCGGACAGAGGUACUACGGUGGUACGGAGCAUGUUGAUGAGCUGGAGAGACUCUGUCAGAAGAGGUCGCUGGAGACGUAUGGUCUGGACUCAGAGAAAUGGGGCGUCAACGUGCAGCCUUACUCAGGUUCACCCGCUAACUUUGCCGUCUACACGGCCGUUGUGGAGCCUCACGGCAGGAUCAUGGGGCUGGACCUUCCCGAUGGAGGUCACCUGACACACGGCUUCAUGACUGAGAAGAAGAAAAUAUCCGCAACGUCCAUCUUCUUUGAGUCCAUGCCGUACAAGGUGAAUCCAGAUACUGGCUACAUUGACUACGACAGACUGCAAGAAAACGCCCGGCUCUUCCACCCCAGACUCAUCAUCGCCGGAACCAGCUGCUAUUCCCGCAACCUGGACUACGAACGCCUGAGGCUGAUCGCUAAUGAGAACGGAGCGUACCUGAUGGGAGACAUGGCUCACAUCAGUGGACUGGUGGCUGCAGGAGUGGUGCCCUCCCCCUUCGAGUACUGUGACAUUAUUACCACAACGACACACAAGACGCUGCGAGGCUGCCGCGCCGGACUAAUCUUCUUCAGGAAAGGAGUUCGCAGUGUGGAUGCCAAGGGGAAAGAGACUCUGUACAACUUGGAGUCUUUGAUCAAUCAGGCUGUGUUUCCUGGGCUGCAGGGAGGACCGCACAACCACGCUAUCGCAGGUGUUGCAGUGGCUCUCAAACAAGCCAUGACCCCAGAGUUCAAGGCCUACCAGGUGCAGGUUCUUGUUAACUGCAAAUCUCUAUCCAGCGGCCUCAUUGACCACGGCUACAAGAUCGUCACAGGCGGCUCUGACAACCAUCUGAUCCUGCUGGACCUGCGCACUAAGGGAACCGAUGGAGGACGAGCAGAGAAGGUUCUGGAGGCCUGUGCCAUCGCCUGUAAUAAGAACACCUGUCCAGGGGAUAAGAGUGCUCUGCGCCCGAGUGGCUUGAGGUUCGGCUCUCCAGCUCUGACCUCCAGGGGCUUGAUGCAGGAAGACUUCAAGAAGGUGGCCGACUUCAUUCACAGAGGCAUCGAGCUGACCCUGGAGAUUCAGGGGAGUCUGGACCCCAAAGCCCCUCUGAAGGAGUUCAUCGCAGCGCUGCGGCAGGGAGAGAAGUUCCAGCAGAGAGUUUCAGAAAUCAAAGCCGAGGUGGAGGCCUUCGCCGGCCAGUUCCCCAUGCCUGGCCUCCCUGAGCUGUAGAAGCAUUGAUGGUUAUAACAAACAUUAUGAUGCCAAAUGUUUGUGUUGUGUUGUUUUGUGUGUAUAUUUGUUUUGUUAAAAUCAGGACCCAGCAGUUCAGCUUUGGCCAGAUUUGUCUUAAUGGUUAAAAAGAAAGAUUUGCAGACUUGUUUUCCCCUCCAAAUAUCCGUGUUGCAGCGGUGCCUUCUCUGUUUUAGAAAUGGUUUGCUUUGGUCUUGGAUGUUUCUAUUACAUUGAAGCUUUAAUCAUGGCUGAAAUCAACAUAUAUUAAUCAAAAUAAACUGUUUUCCACACUGAUCAAUGAA